AUGUCGUCGACAAGUCUAGGCCCGCGGCGGAAGCCCAGCCGUAAGGGUUCCAUGGCCGAUGUGCCCAAAGACCUUCUUCAAGAGAUCAAAAAGUUGGAGGAUAUGUUCACCGUCGACACAGCCAAGCUCAAAGCCAUCAGCGAGCACUUCGUCAAUGAGCUAGCGAAAGGUCUGUCUAAGGAGGGCGGCAGCAUUCCUAUGAAUCCGACCUGGUGUAUGGGAUUCCCCACGGGCGACGAGACCGGCACCUUCCUUGCCUUGGACAUGGGCGGAACCAACCUGCGUGUUUGCGAGAUCAACCUGCCGGAGGAGCGCGGCGAGUUCGACAUCAUCCAGUCCAAGUACCGCAUGCCUGAGGAGCUCAAGACGGGCACGGCAGAUGAGCUGUGGGGCUACAUCGCCGACUGUCUGCAGCAAUUCAUCGAGUACCACCAUGAGGGCGAGAAGCUCGAUAAGCUCCCGCUCGGCUUUACCUUCUCAUACCCAGCCACGCAAGAGUACAUCGACCAUGGAGUGCUCCAACGCUGGACAAAGGGGUUUGACAUUGAAGGUGUGGAGGGCAAAGAUGUCGUGCCACCGUUCGAGGCAGCACUACAAGAGCGUGGCGUACCAAUCAAGCUUACCGCGCUCAUCAACGACACAACCGGCACACUGAUAGCUAGUAGCUAUACCGAUUCGGAGAUGAAGAUUGGCUGCAUCUUCGGAACGGGCUGCAAUGCUGCAUACAUGGAGACCUGCGGCAAUAUCCCCAAACUUGAUCACAUGAAGAUCGACCCGGAACAGGAGAUUGCGAUUAACUGCGAAUGGGGUGCCUUUGACAACGAGCACAAGGUCCUCCCGCGCACAAAGUACGACGUUAUCAUCGACAAGGACUCUCCACGACCUGGCCAGCAAGCCUUUGAGAAGAUGGUUGCGGGUCUGUACCUGGGUGAGCUGUUCCGCCUGGUGCUCGUCGAUCUACAUGAGCAACAGACCGUCAAGAUCUUCGAAGGUCAAGACAUCAGCGCCCUCAAGAAGCCCUACUCUCUCGACGCCUCCUUCCUCUCCGACAUCGAAAGCGACCCGUACGAGAACUUGCAGGAAACGCAUGACACCUUCGCCCACAAGCUUAACAUAAAGUGCUCAAAGCCCGAACUCGAGCUAUGCCGUCGUCUAGCCGAGUUGAUCGGAACGCGGAGCGCCAGACUUAGUGCGUGUGGCGUCGCCGCAAUCUGCAACAAGAAAGGCUACAAGACGGCCCAUGUCGGCGCCGACGGCAGCGUAUUUAACAAGUACCCGCACUUCAAGGCGCGCGGCGCGCAAGCGCUCAAGGAGAUCUUGGACUGGGAGAAGGGCCGUGACGGCAAGCCGCUGGGUCGUGGACACGAUCCUGUCGAGAUCCUGCCUGCUGAGGACGGAAGUGGUGUGGGAGCUGCGCUGAUUGCGGCGCUGACUAUCAAGCGCGUGCAAGAGGGUAAAACAGUGGGGAUUCAGAAUCCGGAUGAAUUGCUCAAGGGGACGAAGGCGGAGAAGAAGCCGGGGCAAGAGGUUAAGGGGAAGGUCAACCUCCGCACUCAGAAGCGCCUGGCGGCAUCCGUAGCCAACUGCGGCAAACGCAAGAUCUGGCUCGACCCCAAUGAAUCCUCCGAAAUCUCCAAUGCCAACAGCCGUCAGACCAUCCGUAAACUCAUCGCUGAUGGCCUCAUCAUCCGCAAGCCAGUUACGAUGCACUCAAGGAGCCGCGCUCGGGAGUUGACGGCAGCGAGGCGGAUCGGUAGGCACAGAGGUUUCGGUAAGAGGAAGGUGAUGUGGAUGCGUCGUCUGCGUGUCCUCCGCCGUCUACUCGUCAAGUACCGCGCCGCCGGCAAGAUCGACAAGCACCUUUACCACGAGCUCUACCAUCUGAGCAAGGGUAAUACUUUCAAGCACAAGCGUGCGCUUGUGGAGCACAUCCACAAGGCCAAGGCCGAGAAGGCGCGUGAGCGUGUGCUCAAGGAGGAGAUGGACGCCAAGCGUGCCAAGACCAAGGCCGCCCGCGAGCGGAGACAGGAGCGCGUGCAGCAGAAGCGGAACCAGAUGGCGGGCGAGGAGGAGACACCAGCUGCGGAGGCGUAG